CCGGUUCGCCAAACUCAAACUCGUAGGAGCCGCAAAACAGUACUGGAAGGCUACUGAGCAUCAUCUCCAACAACUGGGACAAACCCCUGUGAUUUUAUGGGAUGAGAUGAAAUUGAAACUCCGGGAACAAUACCUUCCAUCUUUUUAUCGUCACCAAUUGUUAGAUCAAUUAUGGACUCUUUCCCAGGAUACUUCAACAGUCCAAGACUAUUAUUCUCGCUUUGUGGAGCACAAAUUGCGUUCUGCCCUACAAGAAGAGUUGGCAGUCACAGUUUCUCGUUUUAUUCAUGGCCUUCGGAUUGAUAUCAAACGCGAGGUGAGUAGGUCACGUCCGGAUGUAUUAGAAGAUGCCUAUUGCCAAGCCUUGGAAGCUGAGACCUAUCUACGACCACAACGUCAUUACCCAGGAUAUCCUGGUCAGCCUACGACCACCAACGAAGCCCGCACUACCACUCCGAGUCUAAAGACUGAAUUUUCUGGACCAUCUAAUCCUACUGCGCCACCUACCAAAGGGCCGAUCGUCUCUAAUAAUUCCCACAUUGAAUGUUUCCAUUGCCAUGCUAAAGGACAUAUUGCCUCUCGUUGUCCACAACGCACAUUAACUAUCAGCGCUAGCACAGACGACCAUUGUGAUGUAGAGAUUGUGGAUCCUCUUGAGGGUGUGUAUGACCCAGAAAUUGACGAUUGUUUUGAUGAUGACAUACUCAAUCAGGUUUCUGUUAUGUGUUGUAUCUAUUCUGCACCCACAUUGCCUAAUUCCUAGAAACGCACUAGUAUUUUCCAUACCUACGUUCCAUGCAAUAACCAAACAUGUAAACUGGUUAUUGAUAGUGGUAGUACCAUGAACGUCAUCUCCAAGUCUGCCGUUACUCGUCUUAAUCUUAAGCCCGAACCACAUCCCCACCCUUUUCACGUAGCUUGGGUUGAUAAAACUAAACUCCCAGACACUGAGCGGUGUCUUGUUUCCCUUAAGCUCGGGACCUGCGAUGAAGACAUUUAUUUGGACCUACUGCCUAUGAAUGUUGCACAUGUAUUACUUGGCAGACCUUGGCUCUAUGACCAUCGCGUGCAGAAUUGUGGUCGUGAAAACACAUACACUUUUCAACAUGAAGGCAAAAGUAUUACGUUACGCCCAACCAAUCCUGCGAUCAAACCUACCAAGACUAAUAUUACCACCUCCUCUCCAUCGCAGACAGACAAUGUGUCAGGUCAUCGGUUGGCUCUAUUAUCUUAUGACGAAUUUGAGAAAGAAAGUUUGGAGACAGAAGUUGUAUUUGCUCUCGUGAUCAAAGAGAUAUCUGCGGCCCCUUCCUAUCAUCAACCUGAACCUCUACAUCAACUCCUCAAUGAAUUCUCUAAUAUCAUACCUGAUGACUUACCAGAUGAACUACCUCCAACGAGAGAGAUUCGGCUUGCCAUUGACCUUAUUCCUGGUUUCAUUCCUCCUCCGAUGCCGCGUAGUCCUUCUCCUAGUUCUGACCCUACAUAUCAGAUUGAGGACGUCUCAGAUCAUGAAGUUGUGGCCUCGUCUCCUGGAGAUUCUACCCGCUCUCUGGUUCGUUGGGUUGGAAGGCCUGCUACUGCGAAUACUUGGAUUACAGAAGUUGAAUUUCGGCAGUUGGAUUCCACUCUUCUACACAAUUAUCAAGAUUCUCUUCAUGGUCUUGAUUUGGCUGCCUCCCGUCCUUCCAUCAUCCAUCCUUACAAACAUCGUCGUCAUCCUUAAUCUUGGUUUACUCGCCGGUGUCGAGUUCCUUUUCAUUGGGGGAGAAUGAUGCAGAAUGCAUAUUAUUAGUUUUCCUAAUUCUACUUGGAUUAGUUUUCCCAUCUCUUAUUAGUUAAUUUGUUUUCCUAAUUCUUAAAGAUUCCUUCUUGUUAAAAGGAUCUCUUAUUAGUCAAUUUGCUUUCCUAUUUCUUAAAGUUUACUUUUCCUUUUCCUAGAUUAAAAAGGGUUUUGCCUCUAUAAAUAGAGUUGUUUGUAAUCUUUUAAGGCAAACUUGAUUAAUGAUAAAUUUCCUUUCUUUAAACUCUCUGAUUCCUUCCCUUUCCCUUCGUCUCUUCGAUCUCUAAUUCUUCUCCUCGAUCCCUUAUUUCUUCUCUGUUCUAUUGCUCAAAGCGUGUACUCUAAACUUACGGGCUGUUUACUCUAAACCUACGGGCUGUUCUACAUCAAAAACCACCCCAACCUCACAGUUCGCCCCUCCCCCUCCCCCUCCCUCUCCCCGAAACAAAGAAAUAAUAGGAAGAACAAAACAAUAAACCAAGCAAAUUCACUAAUUAACAUAAAAUAAAUUUGUGCAAUGCCCAUAUGUCCGAAGACUGAAGAGAGAUUCUUAGCUGGUACUUGGCAAACUUUCUUAAGUUGGUUCUUUCUGAAAUGGGAAACAAAAAGUACAACUCACAAAAAUAUGGGUUAAAUAACGAAAUUUUCAGGUGGGAUUCUCCCAAAAUUCAGUACUUUUGUAGUUACAAACAAAAUUGAAGAGGGAAAUUUUACUGUGUUUAGGAUCGUGGGGUGGUGGUCAAAACGAGAAUGAGAUGAUGGCCUGGACUGCUGUUUUUUCUGUUGCUAGUGUUUAUGUUUCUUGCAAUGUGUUUAAUCUUUGGAUACAAUGAGGGAUGAGAGAGAACUCAGAGGAGAUAUCGGAUGGUGUAAUUUAUGGACUGGGAAGGCUGAGAUUUGGGGAAGAAAGGCUUCCACAGCUCAUGCUAUUCCUCUAUGAAAUUUCUGGAUUCGAUGGGAUCUGGAAGAGGGCUUGUAGAUGUUGUUGGCCAGGCUAUUGAGUAGGAGUACAAAGGAAGGAGUUGCAGCAUGAGCUGUGGGGAAAAUGGGUGAUGGAGGAGCUGGGCCGUUUUUCUUUUUUUCUUUUUCCUUUUCAAAUCCUAAUUUUUUUUAUUUUUGAAUUAUUAUUUUACCAUAAAGUAAACUGACUAAAUUGCCAUUAAAAAGUGACUCACAUGCCCACCACAUGACAUCUCUUUUGAACGCAAAUUGGAUGGAGCUUACAAAAUCUGACGGUUGACCUCAAAUUGGCUGAAAAAGAAAAGUUUUAUGCCCCAAUUUGAUACUUGGGUAAAAGUCAGGGGGCAAAACGGCAGUUUACCUAUCAUAAUAAUUCACUUUCUCAUCAUAUUUGCCAAAUUUUGGAAAAAUCUCCAAAUUUGAUUCAGAUGUUGAAGGUUGAUUGAUAAUGUCAGUACAAAAAUUAAAAACAAGUUGUUAAAUCAAUGAUAUUAUUGCUAUAGACCUGUGUACAUUUGCUGGUUUGGUUGCCAGACAUCAAAAGGACACCUAUUGGCUAAAUGCUUGGUAAACAGUCGGUAACAUUCUUAUCUGUCCGUAAUUAUCUAGGCAUUAAUAAUUUCACAAAUGAAAGGAUGUGAUACAUGUUUAUCUUUUAUAGAAUAGAACAUUGAAUAUAUAAAGAAUUUUUUAGCGAGACAGUGGGGGAUUUGUUUUGAAGUAUUGCAAAGUGGACUUGCCUACUUGGGAGAAAACUAAACAUUAUAUGUUAUGUUAAUUUUGACCUCAAUAUUAGAAUGAUUGAAUGCAAUCAUUAAAGAAGGACAAUGAAGUUUACAAACUAAAUGUGAAAUAUAGUAGUACAUGUCUAGAGUUUAGCCUGAAGAUCUGACAUCCUCUUUCAAACCAAAGGGGGGUUGAGCCUACAUGCUUGUGCCCCCAGCCACUGAUCAUGUUGCCAUGAAACCAAAGAACUUGAGCCAUAGGCAGAAUUGGAUUGCAGUCUUGUAGGCUUAACCGCUAAUGGAAGGGCUAGAAACAUUUCCUAACACCUUUGAAUGAGGCCUUCUUUCCUUUGGCACGGAAAUGAGUUUUUGAUUCUUAACCGUUUGAAUCAGUAAUGGAUGGGUAAUAUGCAUUCAGAAAUGGAAGGACAUAAUGAAUCUGUAGUACUGAAAUGAAUGCUUUAAAGUAGAGAAGUUCUGCUUGCAAACAAAAUUCAAAAUAUGUAUUUGUUGCUUGUUCCUGAUUGAACCGGAAAGACCCCUGCACCAAAUAGGUAAUUUGCCUUCUCUACUAGUGCCAUACAUUGAGUCACCUCUUCAUUAGAAUCUAAUGAUUUUUAUGGCUUAUUUUUGGUGGCAUCCCAACUUAAUGACCUCCAAUAGAGGUCGUCUGACCUUUAAUUUGUUUUGAAUAUUUGUUCUCUGCUUUUGUGCUGCAACAUUGAACUGUCUACGGUAUCUGCGUGCCAAUAUAAUAUUUAUAACAUCUACAAAACACCGACUUUUUGAUUCAAUUGAACAUUUUGAGUUGGGUUGCUAAUAUUUUAAUCACACUC